AUGGAUUUAUUUUUUAUUGAAUUUGAAAAAGCACGGGUGAAGGAUCUGGCAAAAAUGCGUGCCAUCAUGGAAGUGGCCGAAAUUGAACAUACGGCCGAGAAAGUGGAGGUGAAAAAGGAGGAAAGCGGCGUAGGCGGCGAACCACAGCAGCAGCAACAGCAGGAUCAGCAACAACAGCGGAAAACUGAUGUACAACAAAUACAACUUGAGCUUAACCUUACGCUGGACCAGGUUGAAUAUAUUAUUGAAUUUCUCAAUUUGCCAAAAAAAAAACCGGUUAAUUGA